AUGUUGUAUGUUGAAGCCAACAGAAGCUUAAAGCAAGGUUGGACCUGCGACCCGGGUCCAGAGCAUUCUGGUGCAACACAGAUCGAUGCUGGACAGGGACAAGUUGUGAUGACAAACAACAAGUCUGAAGCGUUUUUUCUAAGUGGAUCGACGUGGACUGGACUGGGUUCAGUCCCCAUGAAACACGUCUCAGUGGGACCUACAGGAAUCUGGGGAGUCGACAGUUCAGACGAAGUCUAUAAAUAUGGUGGCGGUGAUUUUCUUCUCUCCCAAGGUCAGAAACUGCACCAGGUGGAUGCUGGAGGUCAAGACCAGAUUCUUGGUGUCACCUCGUCUUCCACCGUUCACUGUCUGAGCAGUGCCGCUGCUUCAGGUUUCAAGCAAGGCGACUCUCUGAGCUGGACGACCUCCUCUAGAGCCUUGAUGUAUAUCAGUUGUAGCUCACAUGGAUGCUGGGGGGUGAACUCUGGAAAGGAGAUCUACUUCACUAAAACUGAUUCUUGUCAAAUGAAAGGAUGGACACGUGUGCAGGGAGUUGCAAGAAUGGUUGAAGUUGGGACUGAUGGAACUGUCUUUAUGGUUGAUGGAAAUGGAAAUUUCUAUCAAAGAACUGGCAUCUCUGCUGAUGUUCCACAUGGAACUGGUUGGUUUAAAAUCCCACUGUCGAACAACAUCAAGCACGCGAGCUAUGACCUGGGGAACCUCUGGCUUGUGAUCAACGACGGGGUCAUCAUGAAGUGCACUCAGUAA